CUCCUUGGUGUCGCCGACUGAUUCCUGCACUGGGGGCUGCUGGCUGGCUGGCUCUCCCGGCUUUAGCCUGCCAGUACCACGUUGUCCACCUUCUCAAACCCCUCUCUUCUGUCUGACCUCUCGGCCCCUCCUCCUUGGCUAACCCCUUGCAGUGAUUGUUUCAAAGGGAAAGGAAGUGAUACACAUAUAAAUUCCAUUCUCGGAUGUUCAUUGUGGGUUUACGUGUGCAGUGAUAGUUUCAAGUUGCAGAUCCCACGUGUGAUUACAUUUACUUGUUUAAGAGUCAUACCAAGAAAUCUGGAGUGAUUUUAUUUGAAUGCUCCCACCCACACACGCACGCACUCGAGGAAGACCUUGAAGUGUUUCUGAGGCUUCACUCCUUCCCCCCGGUGUGUGUGCGCUUCUUCGUCUGCUGAAGCUCGACUCCAGAACUGAUUACUUAAGGUGAUUGCCAGGUGGUAAGCAGAGACGCCGAAGCAGGGAUGAUGAUGAUCACCAUGAUGAUGACGAUGAUGAUGGAGACCGUGGUGGCCAGAGGCUUGGUUUAGCCAAGCGUUUCAGUCUUCGUUGUUGUUGGGGUCAACCCAUGAAUUCGUUUGUGGGCUGUGUGUGCUGGUGCGAAAACUUCGACUUCGGAUUCGAGUGGGACUUGUAGUUGUUAUGGGACGUUCAUCCUCCAUGUUAAUUUAUAGUGGUGGGACCCAGUUGCUGCAACAUUUCUUCUGCGUUGAUCGUUGAAGCGACCACUUCAAAAGAGGAAGUCGUAGGUUCUGGAAGUAGAAGACGAGGAAACGAACGCGGCCCCGCUCUCUCUCUCCUACCUAACUCUUUCUAGAAGCUUCCUUCUGCGCUGUCUCUUCUUCCCUCUCGCUGCUUUCCUGUGGAUUGAACGAAGAUCAACUUUGCAUUUUGAUGUCUGUCGGUUUUCACGUUCUCUCAUUUACUUAUGCUUCUUGAGGUGGUUCUCCUUCAUGCACGUCGCCUCGCCGUCACAAGAGGCAGAUAAGAGACAUAGAGGGAAUUAUUAAUGGUCCCUUGGUGUUGCUUAUUACCUUCGAAGCUCCUCUUCUCCCCUCCGCCCUCUUUCUCCUUUUGAGAAAAGGGUUGUUGUUGUUGUUGUUGCUGAUGCCCGGAGGCUUUUUUUAAAGUUGAAGUCUUAGCGUGGAGGGGCUCCCCCAUCCCCCAAGGCCCACCUUCAUCACCACCACGACCACAUCUUGUCAAGGAUCGUGUUACUCUUUUAGGCCGAGGCUUCAUAUACAUAUACUCAGACGCUGAAGAUAGAGGAAAGAAAAAAGAACGCGUUUUAAGGCAGUGUCAAUUGCGUUAGUCCCCUGACCUGGCUAUCUCUCACUCUCUCUCUUUCUCUUUCUCUUUCCCAGAGGGGGAACUUUUAAAUAAGACAAGGCCCUUUUUAGCCGAUUUGACCAGCCAUCGGUCCGUGUGAUAUUAGCGGCUGAAGGGAAACAAAGCAGCAGCCAUCCCAGAAGCAGAAGGUAACGAAAGGUCAUUGAAAUCGAGGCGAAGCGAGAGGCGGGCGUGCGGUGGUGGGCGUGAGAGCGACAGGACGAGCGAGUGAGUGAGUGAGUGAGUGAGGGAGGGAGGAGACUUGUGUGUUCGAGAAGUGUUUCCUCGAAGACCAUCGUGGUGGAGGUCAAAGUGGGCCGAGUGAGUAAGGUUGGAGAGGCUGGGAGCAGCCUUCCGGACGGCGGACCUAUGCCGCUCUUGAGCCCCCGGCCAAGUCCCAAGAUGGCCGCGCCCAGCAACUCCAGCCUUUUCUACACGGUGGAGGUGGGCGACACGCGCUUCACCAUCCUCAGGCGCUACACCAAUCUCAAACCAAUAGGCUCUGGAGCUCAGGGCAUUGUCUGUGCGGCCUAUGAUACUGUGACUCAACAGAAUGUAGCCAUCAAGAAGCUGUCAAGGCCAUUUCAAAAUGUAACUCAUGCCAAGAGAGCCUACCGGGAGUUCAAACUAAUGAAGUUGGUCAAUCACAAGAAUAUUAUUGGGCUUUUAAAUGCAUUUACACCACAGAAGUCUCUGGAGGAGUUCCAAGAUGUAUACCUAGUCAUGGAAUUGAUGGAUGCAAAUUUAUGUCAAGUUAUUCAGAUGGACUUGGAUCAUGAGCGUAUGUCUUAUUUACUGUAUCAAAUGUUAUGUGGCAUCAAACAUCUUCAUUCUGCUGGUAUUAUACAUAGGGACCUCAAGCCUAGCAAUAUUGUGGUUAAAUCAGAUUGUACCCUCAAGAUUUUAGAUUUUGGUCUUGCACGAACUGCAGGAACUACUUUUAUGAUGACACCCUAUGUUGUAACCAGAUAUUACAGAGCUCCUGAGGUAAUUUUAGGCAUGGGUUACACAGAAAACGUGGACAUAUGGUCAGUUGGCUGCAUUAUGGGGGAAAUGAUCAGAGGUGGUGUAUUAUUUCCUGGUACUGAUCACAUUGACCAGUGGAAUAAAAUUAUAGAACAACUGGGUACUCCAUCACAGGAAUUUAUGUCAAGGUUACAACCAACUGUUCGUAAUUAUGUAGAAAACCGUCCCCGUUACCCAGGAUAUUCUUUUGAUCGCUUAUUCCCCGAUGUUCUUUUCCCUGCGGAAUCAACGGAUCAUAAUAGACUCAAAGGUGAGGAGGACCCUGAUAGGUACUGGCCCAGACAACACAGCUACUAUUGGAUUAAAGCGAGUCAAGCUCGAGACCUGUUAUCUAGGAUGUUAGUGAUUGAUCCAGAGCGAAGGAUAAGUGUGGAUGACGCUUUAAUGCAUCCGUAUAUUAAUGUUUGGUAUGAUGAAACUGAAGUUAAUGCUCCUGCGCCGGGGCCGUAUGACCACAGUGUAGAUGACCGUGAGCACACAGUAGAUCAAUGGAAAGAACUCAUUUAUAAGGAAGUAAUGGACUAUGAAAUGGGGCACAAUACGCCGGGGGGUGCUGGGGCUGGAGCACGAGGAGCAACUACUACCCAUUCUCAUGCUCCACCUGCUGCAGCUACCAAUGCUGCUGCUGAUGGGGACCAGGACCAACAUCGUCCCAAUCAUAGAUAGGCUGCCCUGAAUCUUCUUAGCAGUCCCUCCGCCCCAUACCUGCCCCCUCAACCACCCCAGCCUUUUCCUCUGUUGCACACCACUCACUCAAGCUACCAGCAGGACACUGGUGUCAAGCAAGAGAUUGAUUUAGUGGUUGAAAAGUGAUCAUGUACUGGUACUAAGAAGGAAAUAAGGAAUUUUGAGCAGUGAAAAAUAUGGAACAGUGUUCCUCAGAAGGUCACUUUUAAGGGUAUCAUUGUGCAGGUGCGUGUGCAUCACCUGUUAGGGGUAACUGUCACAUGCAUAAAAUUGUGACUGGUGAUAAGACUGGGCAUAGCAGGUCCAUACUUCACGUUACUGUACAGUAGCUGAAUUUGUGCUGUUACAUAACAUUUCUGAUAACUAUCUCUUGUGCUUCUUGGCAGAGGCACAUCAUUCUGUGUAGUCCACACCAUCUUCUGUGUCCAUUUUGUGUUGUAAGAGUGAGUGUGUGAAUGCAUGCAUCCAGAGUUUGAAACUCACCAUUCAAACCGUGAUGAUAUAGACAAAAUAUGCAAUUUAGGUACUGUAAGCUGUAGAUAUUUUCCUGCUUCAUGUCUCAUCAACAUCUGAGAGGACUUGUCUUUAAAUGUAACCACUCUGUGACUCAAAAUAGUUUGCAAAUUGACUAUUACCCUGAUCUGUGUUAAUUGCUGCAGGAGCUCAUCAGUCAAGACUUGCUCUGCUUAGGUCAAUAUUUUCCCUAAAAAUUUUAUGCUUUUUCACAUGAACUAAAGUUAAUCGACAGAAAAUAUGUUGCAAGAGCUUUCAUUUAGAGGGAAGCUUAGCUUGUGGCUGCUAAGGGAAAAUGAAUCAUAUCAGAUAUUGAUAUAGCAGUUGAUUCUCAAUGAAAGAGAUAGCAAAACCUCAUUUACUAAUAUUGUGGAAAGAUGUGCAAGGAGAUCUGUAUGUUUGGCAUGUGUUAGCAAGGUUAUAUAGUAAUAACUACAAUUUUUCAUGUGAUAAAAAGAAACCUUUUUUUUUCAUUUUAAUCCUUUUUAGCAUACCAGUUCUUCCAAGGGUCUCAUAAGCAAGCAACCUACAAAUGUACAGUUGUCAAGUUUGUAUUAAUGUACAGACCAAACUUGUUUUGUCAGAUGAAGUGUAUGGUGAAAUGAUUUCAUUGUUUUCAGCCUUUAUAAUCCAUUACACACCAUUUCAUAUUUAGGCAGAAUAUGGCGUCCCAAACUCUGCCAAUGAAUUUGCAGAGUCUCAUCUCUAUCUCUCUCUCUCUCUCCACACAUCAGUAACAUUUAAAAGUAACGUUUUGAGAUGGAUGAGAACGACCAGUAAGGGACAAAACUCCAGGCUUGUAUAUUAAUUUCAGUGAAGUAUUUUGUAAGACUGGUUAUUUAUUGUUAAUUGUACUCUUCACAUUAAUUCCUUCUAAGGAAAUUAACAAAAUAAACUUGAAGGAUAUGAGAGUUCAAUCUUAAAUCUGGUGGUGAAUGGCCCAGAGUUGUGCCUCUUACUGGAAUGGCUCAAGUCCGUCCACCACUCAGCUUGCAGAGGUGACACUCGGCUCGCAGGCAUAUGGAUGGCUCGGCUUGCUAUCAUUUUUGCAAUGCUGACAGUAGCAGGGGGUUCUUUCUUUUAAAAGAAAAUUUUUGGUUCUAUUUUGUUAUAAUCAUUCUUGAACUCCAAAGUCCAUAGCAAAUCCAGGAGGAUUAGUUAACGGGACCCCACCACUAACUCAUUGAGAAAUUAAGAGCAUUACAUUUAAACACCUGUAUUGAACAUCAGUUUGGUAGAGACUUUUCCCGAGCCCUCCUGGUAGCUUGUAAAGAUCCAGUGUUUCACCAUCUCACACGUCCCCCCCAUCAUGGAAACGCUUAAUGAGUCCAACAAAUCCUGUAUAGCAUGUCUCUUACUGAAAGUACCCUUAAACUUGUAAGAGUACUUUUUGAAAAGUUAAGAUUUGUUCAUGAAAAUGAUUGCAUAAACUUGUAUAUUAUUUUUUAAUAACAUCUUGCAUGAUCAUUGUGUUGAAAUUGUUCAUAAAUUAUUUGGAUUUAAUUUUAAUUGUAGCUUACAUAUACCGGUCUAUAUAUAUAAAUAUAUAUAUAAAACUAGUAAAUUUUAUAAAUGUCUAAUUUACAUAAGGGUAGCUGUAGUCCUACAGUGGAUGACAUGAUAGUAUUUCACUCACAAACGUUUUCUCUUUGAUAUUUAGGAGAUGAUAAUAUCUCAUAGUUACAGUAAACCUCAAAUCUUUAGAGCAAUAUAGUAGUUAUAUCUUUUUUCUUUUAUUUUCAGUAAUGCUGAAUUAUAACUACUACUCGUUCAACAUUACUCCCAUUGCUAGCACAACUGUGCUUCAUUAUUUUGAUACAGAAAGUCCUCUGCAUUUUUGUGCCAUGUAAUGAUGGUGAUUUAAUAAUGAUUGUAAACAUGAACUACACAUUUGAAUCAAAAUUACACCCUUUAUUUUUUUUUACUUCCAAAACAGUAGUUGUCUUGGAAACUGUGAAACACAACAAAUGUAUUUUUAAAUGAUAAAGACCUAUUUAAAUUUUUUCAUUAGGAUAUUAUAAUUAGCUGUGGAGUUUCAAUUCUUGACAACGGAUCAUUUGAUGGACUAAAUAGGGAUCUUCAGAAGAGACAAAGGAAGGGGUGGCCCACGUGACCACUGGUGCUCACCAGGUAAUAUUACUCUGUCUAUUAUGAACUAAUUUUAUAUUUGUCAUCUUUGGGAAAUUAGGGAAAUGGUAGCAAGAGUGGUAUUAUCUAUAGUGUGUUGUGUUUUGGAAGAAGUGAAUAUUUUGUCUUUCAGUUAUACAUGAAAGUAAUGUAAUUGUUGUUGUAGGCAAUGUGAUGUGGUUUGAAUUCAGCCCUAUGCUGAUUAAUAUUUUAACCUGACUUCUGUGCUUAUAAAUAUAAAAUAAUCAUUCAUGACACAAGAUGGGAUUAAGCUGGCUUCAAACCAACUUCCUUUGUACAUUCCAGGUUUUGUUUGUUGAAAGCUCAUGUGCUGGCCACUGUUAGGUUUUCUGUUUUUAUAUGCUAUGUCUGGAGGCCACCUCACCUGUAGAUGCAUGUGCAGCCUGCCCUGAGCUACUGGAACAUAUCGUUUAGUGAAACUUGAAAUGUUGGCUAAGUCACUCUAGACUAUAGUAGAAUUCUUUUAGUAUAUUUAGUAACAAUAUGUACAAAAGAAAAAGAAAAGGAGUGCUAAGUGUAGGCACUGCCCUAUAGGUGUUCCAUUUACCCAGGGUUGGUUGAAUGUUUGUUGGACUCUUAAUUUUUUUUUUCUUCUUAUUACCGGAGAACCUUUAUCAUUUCUGAAUUUGAGGGUGCAUGCAGGUGUAUUGAAAAUCUCUUCAAAUACAUUAAUUAUAAUAUAGGAAAGGUUCAUGCUAUGGGUGUGGAACUGGCCACUGGAUGGCAGGCAUAACAAAUACCUGUCCAAUUCUUACCUUAGUGCUCAAGACAGGAUGGAUAACACCCUGUGUAUUUCUUGUAGGUUUUAGAAAUAUACAGUGUUUCCAAAUCAUCCCAUUAGGUGUUGACAAAGGCCACCACUUGUUACCCACCUCCACCCACAGCUCUCAUAUUUCUUGGUGUAUGUGAGUGCGUGCAUGUUUUGUAUGCAAGGUUGUGCUUGUGUGAAUAGCUGAAUGAUGUUCACGAGGUUGAAUGAUAAAAUAUUGUACAGAGUAGUUAGUAUCACACUACUGAGGAGGAUACUAAUUGGUGUUAAGUUUAUGUCUGUAGGCCUGUCUUUCCCUAUGGAUACACCUAAAUGAUAUUAAUAAAUGAUAAUCCUUUGGCUUAAGAGUGCUUUGUGAAAGAAGCGAGGUCUUGGAAAAGGUAUAGUGACUAUCAUAGGUGAUCAUCCACCUUCUAAUAUCAUUUAUCCUACUUGAUCAUUAUGAUUACCAGUUGUCCUGUACCUCACUUACUGUUGCUUCUCUUGUUUGUUAUACAAGCACUACAUUCUAAGAAUAAUCCAUCUAUCAACCUGGCCUGUACUGAAGACCCUGGUAAUUAUUUCCCUAGUUAGGUUAUUCAUGGGAAAAUGCAGUUCCACCUGCUACACCUGUUUAACUUCAAGACAUUUGUGCUUAGUACGGACAAAUCAUUAACCUUUUGUAUAUAUAAAGCAACCCCAGUAGUGCAAAUAAAUAAAAAAUUAUCAACUUAUAA